GAGACGGGGAAGGGGGAAGAGAGGGGACGAAGAGGGAGAAGGAACUGGGACUUGCCGCCCCCGCCUCCGAAUUCCCCACUCCUCCACCACCGCCACCACUCACCCCUUGCUCCGCUCGGCCUCCUGAAUCCGGCGUCGUCAAGCAACCCCACUCCUUCUGCCGUUAUCAGAACCCUAACCGAUCAAUCCGUCCGAUUCCCAGCUGCCGGUUUCGCGUUGGGAGCGCCGGAGCAGGGGAGGGGCGGAGGGUCGGAUCGGCAGCCGCAGGAGCAUUGAGCGAUGGCUGCCGUGUAGGAUGCAGCUGGACUCCGCCGGCCGCCGCCUAGCUGCUGCUGUUGUUGCUGAAGUUCCGAUGCUUCAGCAACCGCGAUCUUAAUAGGAGCGGAGGGUGGAGUACCGGUGGAGUGGGCCGGACGGCUGGUUGAUCUCCGUGAGCUCCAGCGCCUACGCACUGGGAGGUGGGGAGGUGAUUGCCGGAGGCGUAUGGAGGAACCUGGGAGGGAGGGGGAUUCCCCCGGGCCGCCGUGGGCGCCAAGUGAGUCCUCAGCUUUCCGGGCGUUCGUUACGGCGGUGGGGGAGCGGGCGGUGGCGUCGCCUUCAGGCUCGGACAAUGGGGAUUCCGUCUGCUCAAGCAACCUCCGCGCCGUCAGGAAGAGACCUGUACGUUUCGUGCAGACGUGCACCUUCCCUUCUCUUGCGGCUACCCACCAUAGAUGCUUGCUUCCUGCUUCCGUUGUACGGCCUCGAUUUGCUGAGUUCUCAGUUAGAUUAAGCAAUUCGCAAACGUCGGUGCAACUGGGACGUAGUUUCGUGCUGGACUGCUCGUAGUAAAUCAAAAGCUUAAAUUCCUACGACUUAAACUAUUCAAACCACCAUCGAUGCUGAUCCUGCUGCUAUUUCUCUUGUUCUUGUUGCUUGCACGCAUAGUUCAAGCAACUAUGGUGACCAGUUUGUUGCAAGAUUAACCACAUAUAUCAUCCAAACUUUUGAAAAAUGCAAUCCUGAGUUUAAGUACUCAGAGUCACUAAACCCCAAGCGCUUUCUCACCAAUCCCGCAGUUCCUGUUCACAACCAUGGUCUUGACAAUGCAAACUCUGAUCUCAUAUUGUAUGUCAACCUGGAACUGCUUAAUAAAAAGUCAAGCCGGAGGUAUGUUGUCCAAGAAAUGCUUGGCCAAGGUACCUUUGGACAGGUUGCGAAAUGCUGGGAUGCAGAAACUAACAGUUAUGUUGCAGUGAAGGUUAUAAAGAAUCAGCCUGCCUUUUACCAGCAGGCUAUCAUGGAGGUCUCUUUAUUAAGAUUGUUAAAUGAGAAAUUUGAUCCUGAUGAUGAACAUCACAUUGUCCGGAUGCUGGAUUUUUUCCUCUACCAAAACCAUUUGUGUAUAGCCUUUGAAAUGCUUGGUAACAACCUGUAUGAGCUGUUGAAAAGGAAUAGUUUAAGAGGUUUGCAAAUGAAAUAUGUUCGAACUUUCUCAAGACAGAUACUGGAUGCCCUGAUUAUCAUGAAAGAUGCUGGCAUUAUUCAUUGUGAUCUAAAACCAGAAAACAUCCUUAUAGCUCCAACUGUAAAAACAGCAGUUGGAGUGAAAGUAAUUGAUUUUGGAUCAGUGUGCAUGGAGGGUAAAACCAUUUAUUCAUAUAUUCAGAGCCGUUAUUACAGGUCUCCAGAAGUACUUCUUGGUUAUCCAUAUACUACUGCCAUUGAUAUGUGGUCAUUCGGUUGCAUCGUUGCUGAGCUAUAUAUAGGGCUGCCUUUAUUUCCUGGUGCAUCAGAAUAUGAUGUUCUUUGCCGUAUGAUUGAGAUUAUUGGUGGGCAACCACCAGAUGAUCUGCUACGUGAGGCUAAAAACACUGGGAAAUUUUUUAAGCAUGUUGGAAGUAUCUAUCCUAGUAGUGAGGCUCGGAAUGGCGCUAGCAGUGCAUACAGAAUUUUAAGUGAAGAUGAGAUCGAAGCAAGGGACUCCAAGAAACCGAAGGUUGGGAGAUGGUAUUUCCCUCGUGGAAGGCUUGACAGACUCAUAUAUACAUACCCCUGGAAGAAUUUGAGCGAGGGAAACUUGCCAGAGACAGAAAAGGCUGAUUGCUUGGCAUUAGUUGAUUUCUUGAGAGGACUUGUUGAGUUUGAUCCUAAUAAGAGGUGGUCACCGCUGCAGGCCUCGUAUCAUCCAUUCAUCACUGGUGAAGCCUUCACUGGUCCUUACGAGCCUGUUCAGGAGACCCCACGAAUUCCUGUUGGACGUGCUGCAGUAGUUGACCACAAUCCAGGAGGAGGUCACUUGCUGGGUGCUGGUCUUUCUCCUCAGGUUGGAAGCAUUAACAGAUGCUUACGAUUUAACAACGCUUUGCAACCAAAUAUGCCUUUUUCAUAUGGAAGCAGUUGUGGCAGUUUUGGGAGCCAUGGUAGCUUUAACGAUAAUGCUGGCUUUAGCUAUGGAAGCUAUGAUUUUAACAGUGUCGACAUAUAUAAUUCACCAAUGGAUCCUUCUGGGUUUAAUUUACGUUCACAACUUGGAGGAUCGUUUCUCGGAUCUAGCCCACAUAUUCGACGAAGACCUCAUCUCUCACAUGGUGGUGGCAUUCGGUUAAGCCCUGGUGGUCCAGGGCAUAUGUCUCUUGGGGCCAGUCCAUCACAAUUUACACCGCCAAAUUCCCAGAUGCAAAUCCCAACAGGUCCUAAUGGAAGGUAUGGUGCCUCUCCUUCAAGAGGUGGACAUGGCUCUUCGUUGGGAAAGGUUGCUGUUGUAGGCCAAUACAAUAGGAGGAGGAAUCAGGGUUAUCCACCUAUGCCAAUGCCACCACAUGAACACACAUCUCAACUGAUCCAGGGGCACCAAGGAGAUGGUGUCAGUACUGCUCGCUUUGGUGCAUAUGCCCAAGGAAAUUCUACCUACCUACAUAAUGCACUCCCUAAUUCUAGUCAUUAUAGUUGGAGAUCGCAAAGGGGAUCUGGCAGUGGUUUACCUUUGGACCCUUCUUCUAGCCGUGGUUCUUUUCCACCCACCAAUUACUAUGGCUUUCCUUUACACUCCGAUGCGUCAGCAGAUACAUUGCCCUCCACCUCAUCAGUAUCAGAUCCAGCCGAUUGGGAUCUCAACUCUAGUGACAAGUCACUCCUGCAAGAGGACCGAACACUGUCAGCUGGGUUAAGUGAUCUUCGCUUGAUAGACGCAAGUGGCCAAACAAACAGAUCUAGCAGAUUGGCUCCUUUCCAAAGUCAUGAUAUUUUAAGUUCAAACCCUUCGACUAUGAAUCAAAGAAAUGGACACCUAUUUCAUGCAUCAUCUCUGGGAGAGAGUACACAUACUCCAGGUCAUGUCACAUUGGAUGGAUACGAACACACAACUUAUUCUCAGCGAAGUUUCCCAAUCUAUCGUGGGCAACCAUUUCAGCAGUACAACAACAUGACUUCCAGUUACAUCCGACCGAUGAGGGCUCAUCACAAUGGUCAGCCUGUCUGGUCUAAUUAUAGGCUGACAGAACCUCCACCAACUACAAUGGGUGACGGAAUGCUCUGGGGAGGGAGGGGUGGCCAUUCGUUUGCAGCGAGCGGACUGCCACCUACACUUAGGAAAGAUUUUGGGAGAAUCUUUUAGUCCUGAAUCCGGAGGAAUGCCGAAUGCCACCAAAUUGAUGGCAUCAGUUGUUUGCAUCUGCAAUUCCGGGUUGGAUUAUUUGCUGGGGGUGCCUACUGGUAUUGCAAUUUGUUGUGUUCCUCCGAUGUCUCCCAGGAUGUUCGGUUCAAAUGAUUAUAUGGUACGGGAUAUGAUUACAGUGCUCGUUCUUUGCUAUACCUGCACGAUCUAGUAGAAAAAUGUCAGUUGUGCUACUUGAUGCGAAUCUUGCUAGUUCGAGGUUUGGGAGAGUUUUUCUGUCUCGGUUAUUGUCUUCCUUUCUCUAUUCUAUUUUUGACAGAGGGUUAAGUUCCUGAACCUUAACAUGGCUAAGACUGAAGUGAAGGCCACGUGGUCGUGGUGACAUGAUUUCGUUUUCGUGAUACUUGAGGAGCCGACUAUCUGUUUUUAAGCA